AUGGAAGACAUUGCUUGGAAAUGCACGACGGCGUUUUUCCUCGGUGUUGCCACGCACUACUUCAUCUCGUCGCACUUGCUAAGUGACGGCUCUUCCUCUCCUACCGGUAGCAGCAGCAGUAGCAAAAGCUCAACCGAAGAAGCCUCAAAAUCUGCUUCUGGAGCGUCGUCGCAAUCGUCUGCGAGCUCUUCUGACGACUGGGAAGUCGAAGAUCCAGCGGAUUGGAUCCCGCACAAAAUGGUGAUGUGUGUGCGGACGGACUUGAAAAUGGGCAAAGGCAAAGUUGCUGCCCAGUGCUGCCACGCGACGCUAGGUGCGUACAAACGCGCGCUAAAACGGACACCGGACGCUGUUCGUGCCUGGGAAAUGCUGGGUCAAGCCAAGGUCUGUCUCAAGGUGGACUCGGAGGAGGACAUGCUUGCUCUCGCUGAGAAAGCGGCUGAGCACGGCCUUGUCAACUAUGUCGUGGUUGAUGCUGGUCGGACGCAGAUUGCGCCGGAGACGAAGACGGUGCUUAGUAUUGGCCCAGCGCCGCUGAAAGCUAUUGACGAGAUCUCGGGACACCUCAGACUCCUGUAG